GAUAAAUGGGAUUAUCUGGCGAGAGAUUCCCAUUUUCUUGGUAUCGGAAAAUCCUUUGAUCACGAAAGAAUAAUGAAAAUGUCCAAAGUAAUAGAUGGUGAAAUAUGCUACAGAGACAAAACUCUUGAUAAUUUCUAUGAUAUGUUUUAUUCACGAUAUCGAUUACAUAAAACGGCUUACCAACACAAAACUGUUCUUCUGUUUAACAAACUACUUGGCGAAGCCUUCAAAUCCGCAGAUAAACACCUGAAAAUUUUCGAAAAGGUUGACGAUAUGGAAAUAUUUACUUAUUUUACUGAUAGUAUUUUUGAGGAGAUAUUAAAGGAUAAGAAUAAUGAAGAUCUCAAAGAGGCUCGGAAUAAAUUGAAGGAUAUAAUCUAUCGAUCUUAUAAGUACAAAAGGGAUGGAAAAAAACAAGACGGAGAAAUAUUCUGUGACGCCAGUAUUAAUUAUGGAGCUGGAGAAGGAAAUCCAUUAGAGAUAAUACCAUUUUAUAAUAAGCUUGAGAGCGGAUCAUUGAAAUAUACAUCAACUAAAAGAGUUCGACUAGAAGAGAUGCUUUUACUUCCAAAGAAAUUUUGUUUGAAUAUCAGAUAUCAUUUUGAAAAGAAAAGUGAAAAUGCAUAAAAAAGAAAGUCAGAAAAUAAAAAUGAAUCAUUAAAAAAAAAGCGCAAUAAUUAAUGAGAAAUAAUUUUAAAAAAAGGAUGGAUUAUUCCUUUCUACUAUAGGAACAAGGCCGGUAAUUUGACGGAGGGCGUAAGUCGGCUAUAUGGAUUCCAGUAAGCAACUGGUACUUAAUUUAUUGAUCCCCGAAAGGAUGAAAGGCA